UCCUUGUCCUUCUUCCUUACUAAGAGUUUCCUGGGUCUCCCCCAAAGCCAGGAUGAAAGCCUUCUUCUGCCUGAUCAUCUUCUCUCUCAUGCUGGCUGCAUGUCAAGGAGCCUGCUUUCGGGGUCCCUUUGAUGCUGAGUUUAUAGAUGGUAAAGAGGUGAAGUUCAACUUAUGUGUUGAUACCUAUGAUAGGAGCAAGCAUCUCAUUGGGUCCACUUGGAAUUCAGCUCAUUGUUAUAGAUGCGAGUGCGAUGGAAAUGGAUUGUCAUGCUGCCACAGAUAUGGUGGUAUUGGAGUUGUUCAAGGGUGCAAUACGGUGAUAAAUCCAGUAACAUGUAAACUUGAACACUAUCGACUUGAUGACCCAUCGCAGCGCUGUGAUGUCCCAUCUCUUCACCUGGACAAACCGGAAUAAAUCUUUUUGUGCAAAUGCAGCUGAAUAAAUCUCUCGCAUCAGCAUCUUAA